CAGGAGAAAAGAAGACAACAGCCUGCAGAGAGAGGGUGGUGUUAGUCUUCCUGUUUUCACUGCCAGCAGCGACACCGUUAGUUAGUUCCCUCUGAGAGCUGAAGAGAGAGCUGCCUUUGAUUCUGCCUUUGAUUCUGUUAAAGGACCUGCAUCAACAUACAGAGCCUUUCCCCCUUGACUGAUCUCAUCAGGAGCUUCAUUCAUGAUGAAUGUGUCCCAGACAAUGGAGACGGAGGAGGAUCUCCUGACCUGUCUCCACAUCAAGCUUUACCACCCUCAGCAGAGUAGCAGGGGCCUUUACGGGCUGCUCCCCCUGGGGAAGAGGAGCAGACACUCAGCAGAUGACCCUCUCAGGCUUGGCCGUGACGCCCAGGCCUGCACCUACUCCCUGGGUGACCCCAGGGUGUCCCGUAAACAGCUGGUCCUCUUCGCCUACCGCACGCCCCAGAGCCCAGACAUGCUGUUCACCAUCCAGAACCUGAGCCAGAGAGGACAGCUGCCGGUGAACAGCUCUGCUCUGGACUACCUGGAGAGGAUGGAUCUCCCGGACAAGGCCCUGAUCCGGUUUGGAGAGUACGAGAUGCUCAUCAUCCGCGAGUCCGGCGAGGCCAAGGGGAGCUUUGAGGUGGAGUUUGAGGUGCUGGCAGUGCCUCCAUCCAGGGAGACGUGCACAUGCGUGCCCAGUAUGAUUCCUGUCAUGGACACAGGCUCAUGUGUGACAAAUGGUUUCCCAGGGGAGCUCAGAGCAAUUGGCCCUCUGGAAAAUGAUGAGACUCUGAUGUGUCAGUCAUGAUGCAGUGAUUUGCUUUUACUUUCAUAUUGACUUGCAGUUGAAGGCGUUACAAAUUGCUGUGUAGUUGUUACAUUAGUUCAUGCAGGCUUAGAUAAAAUCCCUGUUUUUAAUGUGAAAUCAUAGUUUUAUUUUUUCUUUAUAUCUAUUACUCUUUGUCUAUAUAUUACAAAAGCUGUUUCUCAAUAACUUAACAACUCCUACUGUUGAAAUGUAAAUGUUAAGAAGUCUUAAAGCUAUUUGUUUUUACAUGUUCAACUCGAGUACAUUAAAUAGUCUUCUUAGUAAAAUGUUUUUGUUAUUUACUGUACAUCAGCCAUAGGGUUGACAACCCAUUCAGUGUUUCAUUCAUACAGCACCCUCUCAGACUGGCUUAACAUCUUGACUAUUAGAAGCAGGUUUUUCCAGAUUUGCUUGGGAUAAAAUAGCUCUCAGGUUACAGUGAUAAGAUAGGUUAAAAACAAACAAACAAACAAAAAAAAAACAAUGUACUUAUCUUCUUGGCAUCAUUCAUUCAUCAUUCAGUGGUGGCAGAAGUAUACAAGUAUUCUUUUAUUUACAGCAAGUACAAGUAUCAAUACCACUGUGUAAAAUUACCCCUUUAAUAUAAGUUCUCCAACCAGUAAUAUAAUGUUAUUAUCAAUAAAAAUGCCUAUCUAGCCCUUA